CACCUCGCACUCAUUCCCCGGUCGCCCUCCCCGGUUGCGCGGCCACGUACGGCCCUCCGGUUGGUCCACACUUUUUCUCCGCCCCCUCGAACCGAGCCCGUUCGCGUCGAGCGAUUAGGAUCUUGUUCCUUCUGUUUCGUGGAUGAGGGGGGCAGAGCAUGGAGGAGGAGGCGGCGGCUGACGGGCGCUGAUCGGCGGAUGGCGCGUCGGAUUGGAGCAGUGGAGCUUGGGGGAUUCCGAGCCCCUCGGGAGGGGAUCGAAUGCGGAGCCUGCUCGUCGGAUUGCGAGGAGCUCUAGUUUCAGCUUCGCACUCUGUUCUUGUCGCCUGCCUCAGCUAAGCUCUGACUUUAUUCAGUCCUUGUUGCAAGUUGCUGUUUGCUCUCCCGUAUCCUGCCUGUUCUGGGCGUCCGCUUGACUUGAGAUUCAGAGGAGAUGGACGACGAGGACUACUCGUGGGUGCGGCGCACCAGAUUCUCGCAGUCCAUCGUCAGGUCCAGCUCCGGCAGGGAGCAGUACGGCGCGUUCAUCGAGCAGUUCAGUCGCGGCGCCGAACUGAAGCUCAACGGAUUGGGCACGGGGCGCAGGCUUCCUGGCCAGAAUCUACAGCCCUUGGCGAAGGGAUCCGUGCUCUCGAACUCGGCCUCGGCAAGGCUGACGAUUCCCAAAGCCAAAUCGGCAGGCCCUCAGUCGGAACGGAAGCUGAAGCAUGCGUCUUCAGAAGGCCAAUUCAACCGAGACAGGAGCAGUGAUCGCUCGUUGCGACAAGCAUCGCCGAAGCAGGACCGGAAGGGGGUCGGCCUGAGCUUGGACAUUCCACAGCGGCAUGCCGUUCGGCCAUCCGACGACGAGAGCCCGGACGCGCUGGAUUUCUCCUUCCACUCGGACGAGCAAAGCCAGAGGCUUCAGAGAGUGUGCUCCAGCCCUGCUCCUUUCUACUCGCAGGAUGCUGCAUCACCAGUUGAUGAUUCCAGAGCGCGAAGUGCAUCUAUGAAGGGCACCGGAGAGGUACCGAAGCCGACGCCAAAGCCGAAGCGCAGGGCAAAAUCCCCUAUCCCCAAGCGCGCCAUCUCUGACGUGUUCAAGGAGGCCAAGGCUGCCACCAAGCGAUUCUCCAGCCCGCAACGGCAGAGGAAGCCCACGUCUCCAAGGUCACCUGAUGACAGCCCUCCGUUCGGCUUCGCUUCGCUGAGAACACCAAGCAAACUGAAGAUUAAUAGGAGGACCUCCUCAUGGCCGAGGAGGAACUUUGACGAUGGACCAGCAAAGGUUGCUGCAUCGGAUAUCCUUGAGAGAUGGACAGUUGACCGCUCGCAGUUGCUCAUCGGCCACAGAUUUGCAUCCGGGGCGUAUAGCCGAUUGUUCCAUGGGAUCUACAAGGAACAACCUGUUGCUGUGAAGUUUAUCAGGCAGCCUGAUGAUGGUGAGGAUGACGAGUUGUCUGCUCGGCUUGAGAAGCAGUUCACUGCAGAGGUUACCAUUCUGGCAAGGCUCCAACAUCGAAAUGUCAUCAAGCUUGUUGGAGCGUGCAAUUGUCCACCGGUCUUCUGUGUCAUCACCGAGUUCCUUUCUGGGGGUUCUUUGAGGGCUUUCUUACGCAAGCUGGAGCGUAAGACUCUUCCAAUGGAGAAGGUCAUUUCUAUUGCUUUGGAUAUCGCUCGUGGCCUGGAAUACAUUCACCUCCAAGGAAUUGUUCACCGUGAUGUGAAACCUGAGAACAUUCUAUUUGAUGGAGAAUUCUGCGCUAAGGUCGUCGAUUUUGGAGUGGCCUGUGAAGAAGCACACUGCAAUUUGUUAGGGGAUGACCCGGGUACUUAUAGAUGGAUGGCACCAGAGAUGUACAAGCACAAGCCAUAUGGCCGGAAGGUUGAUGUUUAUAGCUUUGGACUUGUCUUGUGGGAAUUAGUCACUGGUACACUCCCUUAUGAAGAUAUGACGCCACUCCAAGCAGCUUUUGCAGUUGUCAGUAAGAACUUGAGACCGGCUAUUCCUUCUAGCUGCCCGGCAGCAGUAAAAUUCCUGAUUGAGCAGUGUUGGUCCUGGCAACCAGAGAAGAGGCCUGAGUUUCGACAGAUUGUUUCAAUCCUUGAAAACCUCAAGACAGUUCUUGAAAGAGAUGGAAUGCUCGACAAAAUCCCAAGCUUCAUCUGCCAGCCCCAGGAAUGCAACGAUCAGAACAAGAAGAAGGUUUCCAGCUGGAUCCAGAGGCUCUCAUACACUCAACCUGAUUUUUCCGGACCUCCACCCCCAAAGUUACUGUAAUUAUGCGUCUUCUUGUCAAUUUUUAGUAGCGCGUGUUAUCUGGUAGAUAGCAACUCUGUAGAUUUAUUUUCUUCUCCUUUUUUUUGUUGAGAGAUCAGAAGUUUUUUCAUGGUAUAUACUCGGACACAGUGCAUACA